AACUCGUCUGUCGUCUCCUCCAUUCCAUUCCACACGCCUCCACGCCGCCGCCCGCCGCCCGAACCCCUCCCUCCCUACCUACUGGUCGCCGCCGUUACCCGUGAAUAGGUAGGAGGCAGGCGGAGGAUGGGGAAGGUGCCGCACGCCAUGCGCGCCGCUGCCAGGCUCCCCGUUGCCCUCGUCCCCAAGUCCAAACCCCACGCCGCCUCCUCCGCGCCGCCGCCGGCUCCCCCGCCCGCGCGUCGCCCCGCCAACACUGCCAAACUCCACCGCAAGCCCCACAAGGGCCCCAAACCCCCGGGAUCCCUUGCCCCCGCUGACGCCAACGACGCGGCCCCGGCAGUGCAGGAGGAGCGGAAGCCCAUCAGGACCCCCGCGGACCUCGCCGCCGCCAUCCGCGCCGCGGCGGACGAUGACAUUGACGCGGCGGUGGCCCUGGCCCUCAAGGCGCCCCCUGCGGUCCCGCUCCCGACCUACUCCCUCGCGCUCCUCCUCCGCCGCCUCGCCGUCCACCGCUCCGUCGCCGCGGCGCGGGACCUGCUCAACAAGCUCCACCCGCCCCCGUCCCCGUCCCCGCCCGACCCCUCGCCCUCCUCGACGGCCCCGCGCGGGGCGCUGCUCGCGCUCGCCGACGUCGUCUGCCACCGCGGCGACCCGCGCGAGAUCUCCCGCCUCCUCCCGGUGCUCGCCGACCACGGCGUCCGCGCCGACGCGCACCUCUACAACGCCCUCAUGAAGGCGCACGUCGCGGCCUCCGACACGGCCGGCCUCCUCGCCGUGCUCCGGCGGAUGAAGGCCGACGGCGUCGAGCCCGACCUCGUCACCUACAACACGAUCGUCUACGGACUCGCGCGCGGGGGGAUGGUCGCCAAGGCCAGGACAUUCCUCGACACCAUGGCCGCGCAGGGGCACUUCCCGGACGUCAUCACCUACACCUCGCUCAUGAACGGGAUGUGCGUCAAGGGUGAUGCGCUUGGGGCGCUUAAAUUGCUCGAUGAGAUGGAGGCCAAGGGGUGUGAGCCCAAUGAGCGCACCUACAACACGCUGCUCAUGGGGCUCUGCAAGAACAAGAAGCUGGACAAGGCCGUUGAGGUGUACAAGUCCAUGGUACAGGCUGGGAUGAAGAUGGAGGCGCCAGCGUAUGCCACCUUUGUCAGGGUGUUGUGUCGAUCGGGGAGCGUUGCCGAUGCUUAUGAGGUGUUUGAUUAUGCCAUUGAGACCAAGAGUUUCACAGAGGUCACGGCAUAUACUGAGCUAGAGAACUCGCUCAAGUGGCUGCGCAAGAUGAAGUCAUGACUGAAUUUGGAAGGAGAGUAUCUGAAAAUGAGAGGUGGCAGUUUCUUUGCUGCUGGUACUUGGUUUCUUCAUUUAGUGAAACAUUGUCAGGCUGAUACGAUGAAUAUCUACGAAUGCAUUUGGAUUCAGGCUAUAUUUUUGGGGACUGAUCAUGUUGUUUCUUGCUCAUCCGAAAUGUAAGAAUGGGAUGUCCAAAAAAAAAUGCACCUUGAGUCAUUUAGAGGUAGAGAUGGCACAAGCUUUAGUCAUGUAUGCCUUUGCUUGCUAUGGUCAUGUAGUGGGUAGCACCUUGAUGUAAACAAACAUGUAUUAUGUUUAUCCUCUGGGAAAUGUUUUACAUAAACACAGAAGUUAUGUUCUUCCUA